AGGUCAAGACAAGUUCGGGAUAAUGUGCUUAAUGGUUGAUGAUGUUUAGGGAAGUCAAGGCGAUGUCCCAAUAAGAACACGCGUGGUUGUGCAUUUACGGCUGUCCUCUCAGGAUGUUUCUUUUUUUUUUUUUUUCAUUUAGUGCAGUUGCGUGCCAUUAUUUUUGUUUCACGUGCAGCCAGUGAACGUGAACGCUGCCACAGCAGGCUCCCGUAAAUGUCACAUUACAGUGGCCUUAUAAAAUGGGUACAUAAUAGUCUUCAGCACGCAGCUAACAGCUGUCAUGGGUUUAAAAGCUGCUAAGCGAACCUCCAACUUCGACGUCGUCUGUCUGUUUGAAAACCUCACAUCGGCUCCGAAGACAUUUAUUUAUUGUUUACAAAAGGACAAACAGCGCCCCAACCAGAAGCGUGGAGUUUGCAGAAUACGAGCGGACGCGAACGCAUCACCCAGCCGUUGGUUUUCUAUUCUGGUGACGUCACUCGCAGAGUUGUCAUGGCGUCUUCGAGACCGAAGCUACCGUUGCAGUUGAGCUAAAAAUCCAGCCUUUCCACCGAAAUGGAGCAAAAUGCAAAGCCGCACCGAGACACCGAGAUGACGUCUGUGCGUGCCACCAUUGCGGGCGAAAUGGGCGACGUUACGGUCGCGGGCGAAGUGAAGGGAGCCGUCGACAAAUUGAAGAAUAGUGGAGCUCCCCUCAGCACUUUGGAUAACGUUGGCUGUGAUAACAGCGCCACAAAUGCGUGUCCUCCGAGCGGCGACGGCGGGGUUCCGAGCGCAGAGAAGCCGGACGUGCCGGUGGUCAUCGAAGCCCCCGCCGUGCAGGAGGACCAGAGGAAGAACGCCGAUGCGCCGAGCCCGUCGUCGCUGAGGCGUGAGGAUCAGAUCAGUAACGGGAUGGGGCAGGACUUGGAGCAGGCGCUAGGAGACAGCCAGGGAGGUGCCUCAAAGUUGGUAAACAACAAAGCCGACUGCCCGUCCUCGCCUCCCGCUGCAGGGAGCGCGCAUGUCCAGGCUGAGGUCCCAGCCGGAGGGGAGCAGGAGCGGACGAAACUUGCCGAACCGACCGCUCCGUGUCCGGACAGCGGCGCUAGCGCGGCGGACGUCCGAUCCGGCCAGUCCGGCGAUCGCACCCUGUCGGAGGGACCGCCGAGCGGGAGCGACCCCGACCCCAGCCUCGGCGGAGAGUCCCGGAGCUUAGACUCACUCGAGUCCUUCUCCAACCUCAACUCGUGUCCCAGCUCCGAGGGGCUGGAUGAGCGGGGACUGGCCUUGGCCUUGCAGGGCGACUACGCCUCCGACGGGACAAAGACCUCCUGCGCCAAGGACCGCGCCGCCGGCCAGUCCAUAUACCACAUAAAGUGGAUCAAAUGGAGGGAAGAGAACACGCCGAUCAUCACCCAGAACGAGAACGGCCCCUGUCCGCUGCUAGCCAUCAUGAACGUCCUUCUGCUCGCAUGGAAGGUCAAGAUGCCGCCCAUGAUGGAGAUCAUAACUGCUGAGCAGCUGAUGGAGUAUCUCGGCGACUACAUCCUGGAAACCAAACCUAAGGAGAUCUCAGAGGUUCAGCGGUUGAACUACGAGCAGAACAUGAGCGACGCCAUGGCCGUGCUGCACAAGCUGCAGACGGGUCUGGACGUGAACGUGAAGUUCACAGGCGUGCGGGUCUUCGAGUACACCCCAGAAUGCAUUGUGUUUGACCUUCUUGACAUCCCCCUGUACCACGGCUGGCUUGUCGACCCCCAGAUGCAUGAUAUUGUCAAGGCAGUGGGCAACUGCAGCUACAACCAGCUGGUGGAGAAGAUAAUAUCCUGCAAACAGUCCGACAACAGCGAGCUGGCAGGGGAAGGCAUCGUGGCGGAGCAGUUUCUGAGCAGCACGGCCACCCAGCUGACGUACCACGGCUUAUGCGAGCUCACGUCCACUGUGCAGGAGGGAGAGCUCUGCGUCUUUUUCAGGAACAACCACUUCAGCACCAUGAUCAAAUACAAGGGCCAACUCUACCUUCUGGUUACAGACCAGGGCUUCCUGACGGAGGAGAAGGUCGUCUGGGAGAGCCUGCACAACGUGGACGGAGACGGGAACUUCUGCGAUUCAGAGUUCAGGUUGCGGCCCCCGUCGGAUCCCGAGACGGUGUACCGUGGACAGCAGGAUCAGAUAGACCAGGACUAUCUUAUGGCGCUCUCCCUGCAACAGGAGCAACAAAGCCAAGACCUGCAAUGGGAGCAGCUCCCCGAAGGCAUCAGCGACCUGGAGCUGGCCAAAAAGCUUCAGGAGGAGGAGGACCGGCGAGCGUCGCAGUACUAUCACGAGCAAGAGCAGGAGCAAGCUGCAGCUGCGCAGGCACAAGCUCAGGAGCCGGUGGAAGGAAGCGAGGUGGACAGAGGAGGAGCCCCAGCAAGUGCAGCAGCAGCAGCAGCAGCCGGGGCGGCGGCGGCGGCGGCGGGCGGGGCCACACCCAGCCCAGGGAAACAGUCAUCAGGCGGGGAGCGGAAGGCCAAGAAGGAAUUGAAAGAAAAAGACAAGUGUGUCAUUUUGUAACACACGGCGUGUCUAAGUGUGUGUGUGUGUGUGUGUGUGUGUGAGCGUGCGUUGUUUGCGUUUUCUUAUCCGUGUGGAAGAGACAGCACUGGUGUCGCUGCGAACUGGACACCCCGCGUACAGACCCCCAUACCCACCCCCCACCACCACCAAACACAGGACAACAAACAAGGGGACGGAGAGAUGUUACUAACCGAGGACUGGCUGUUCCCAAAAACCACUGGUGCCUGUUCUCCUCAAUCCUCAGUGGAGCCUGACCCGUCGGGAGGAAGGGACGCUACAACAGCAGCGACGGCUCUUUCAUACAGUCGGCCAGACUUGGUCACAAGCCGCGCGCUGCUCCGCAGAUACGUGCCGCGAGCCGCAAUCCACCCGGGGCGCUGCGUUUUAUAGAAAAGGAUCAAAUCCACAUUUGUGCGACUGAUUUCCCUUUGUUUUUCACUUGUGCAGCUUAUAAGCUUUUUUUUUUUUUUUUUUUUUUUUUUUUAU